GAGCGGGAGGAGGGGUUUGGAGGCUCCAGGUAACGGGAGGCUGGGGAAGGGGCGGGCAGAGAGCCCCGCGGAAGCUGAGAACAAGCUCGGGAUGGCACGGGUGGGGCUCCCGUUUCCGGAACCGGAGGGCGGCCACUUGGGGACGGCCGAGGCAUUCCUGGCCGAGGCCGGGGUCCGAGGCUAGGACGCGCUGCCGGGAGUGGAGUCCGAAUCGGCCGCCCACCCCGAGACCAAGAGCCACACCCAGGAAGCCGGUGGGCGGCCGCGGAGGGGAGAGAGAGGGUCCGGGGGACUGAAAGUUGGGCAAAUCAAGCCUCUGUCUGGGCGUGAAAAGCCUUUCCUCGUGGGUUUCCUGUAGCGCCACUUCCCCUCUACCGGCCCCUCCCUGCCCCUCCUCGGACACCAUGGAUCCCCCCGCCCCUUUGGCUGCGGUAGCCCCUCCCGCAGGGUGUGCCCCGGCUCCCUCGGGAGCUUUGACCCCCCGGACGGUUCAGAUUGAGUUUCCUCAGCACAGCUCUUCUCUCCUGGAGGCCCUAAACCGCCACCGUUUGGAAGGGAAGUUCUGCGAUGUGUCCCUCCAAGUCCAGGGCCGGGAGCUGCGGGCCCACAAGGCGGUGCUGGCAGCCGCGUCUCCCUAUUUCCAUGACAAGUUACUGCUGGGAGAUGCCCCAAGGCUCACUCUGCCCAAUGUCAUAGAAGCCGAUGCCUUCGAGGGGCUCCUUCAGCUGAUCUACUCGGGGCGCCUCCGCCUGCCGCUAGAGGCGCUGCCGUCUCACCUGCUGGUGGCCAGCGGGCUUCAGAUGUGGCAGGUUGUGGAUCAGUGCUCGGAGAUCCUCCGGGAGCUCGGGGGAGGGACUCCCAACCACACCCUCUUCCUCUCUUCCUCUUCUCCCCGGCUCUGGGGCUCCCGCCCAGCUCCUCCUCAGCCUCCUGCGCAAGCCCCGGCACCAACCGAGAGCCUUGGGGGAGGAACGGGGGAUGAGCUGGGAGAGGUGCUGAAAAUUCAGGUAGAGGAAGAAGAGGAAGAGGAGGAGGAGGAAGAAGAGGAGGAAGAACAAAAAGCCUUGUCAGUUGUCCCUCAAGUCCCACCAAGAGUGGCAGCGGGGACCCCUCGUCCUCGGGCCCACAAUUCCCUGCCUAUACCUAACGCUAUCCGAAGGCUACCGGAUGGAGAAGGAGUUCCAGCCGAACCUCCCAUCCUUUCUACACUAAUGCCUCCCAAAAUUUUUUACAUUAAGCAAGAGAAGCUUGACCCUGAGGAAGAAGUGGUGGGGGGUGGGGGCCAACCGGAGAGAGGAUUGGAGGAGUCCAGAGAAGCAUUUUCCGGUGGGACAGGAGGAGGGGAUCUUGGAUUUCUGCUGCCCCCCGGUGCAGGGGGAGCUUCCAGUGCAGGUAGCCCAUCAUGGAAACCAGUAGAUCUGCAUGGGAAUGAAAUCUUAUCAGGGGGUGGUGGACCAGGAGGGACAGGACAAGCUGUGCAUGGACCAGUCAAGCUAGGGGGGGCACCUCCCCCUGAUGGCAAGCGAUUUGGCUGCCUGUGUGGGAAGCGGUUCGCAGUGAAGCCAAAACGAGACCGACACAUAAUGCUGACUUUCAGUCUCAGGCCUUUUGGCUGUGGUAUCUGCAACAAACGGUUCAAACUCAAGCACCAUCUGACUGAGCACAUGAAGACACAUGCUGUAGCCCUGCAUGCCUGUCCCCACUGUGGUCGAAGAUUCCGUGUCCAUGCCUGUUUCCUUCGGCACCGAGAGCUCUGCAAAGGCCAAGGUUGGGCUACUGCUCAUUGGACAUACAAGUGAUAGCUAAGGUUAGACACAGACUCCCCUUAAAAUAAGUGGACUCCCUCGUGGGAGGCUGAGUUAAGUGUUAGGAGCGGGGAUUGCCUUGGUUGGUUACUUAUAUGCUUUAUUCCAGGAUAUGGUCCCUCAACUUUGCAAAUCUUUAAAACAAUCCACUUAGAUUGCCCGGCAGGUGAUCUAAGCCAGGCCAAGGGAAAUUGGCUCUUGCAAACCAGAAUACCUAUUUAAUUGAAGAAUUAUUCUUUCUUAGAAGGAUGCCCACUCAGGAAGCUAAAUUUCAGUUGAGAAAAUUUGUACAAUGAAGGAGUGGUCUUAAAAGAUCUGUUUAACGUUUUUUUAUGUUGGAUGUUAGAAGAUUCCUACUUUACAGAUAGAUCUGUUGAAGGAAUUAAAUUCAGGCACUCAGAAACUAAUAGGCCAGUUUGGCGACUGUUGUACAGAAAAACCAAGGCUUGCCUUCUAACUAUUUUAUAGCAGAUUUGCAUGUUUACAUGAUUCUUUGACACUGUGACCCACUUUUGAAAUUAGAGUUUUUUAUAUCUGA